AUGCCCAACGACGACGAUGCAUUCAACAAACCUUCCGCACCGUCGGAGGCACCUAACGCCCCCGAGGCAUCGCCGCAGGGCAAGGCCGGGGGCAGCAGCGGCGGAGGCGGCUCGGGCUCCGGGGCGUCGGGGUCCGGGGCAUCGGGCCUGGGCGUCUCGAGCAAGAAGUCCCCGAGACUGCCCAAGUGUGCGCGCUGCAGGAACCACGGCUACGCGUCGCCGCUCAAGGGCCACAAGCGCUUCUGCAUGUGGCGGGACUGCCAGUGCAAGAAGUGCAACCUGAUCGCCGAGAGGCAGCGUGUGAUGGCCGCGCAGGUGGCCCUGAGAAGGCAGCAGGCUCAGGAGGAGGAACUGGGCAUCAGCCAUCCCAUUCCACUGCCCAGCGCAGCCGAGCUGCUUGUCAAGAGGGAGAACAACAGCAGCAACCAGUGCCUGAUGACCGAGAGCAGCAGCUCCUCGCAGCCACCGCCAGCCAGUACUCCCACCACUGCAGCUUCAGGGCCCAAGGGACGCAUGGUCAUCCAGGAUGUUCCUGCUGUUACCAGCAGAGGGCACGUGGAGAACACACCUGACCUGGUUUCAGACUCCUCCUACUACAGCAGCUUCUACCAGCCGUCUCUGUUCCCUUACUACAACAAUCUGUACAACUACCCGCAGUACUCCAUGGCCUUGGCUGCUGAUGCCUCUUCUGGGGAUGUGGGAAGUCCCCUCGGGGGAUCCCCCAUGAAGAACAGCCUACGGAGCCUCCCAGCACCUUAUGUGCCUGGUCAGACAGGAAACCAGUGGCAGAUGAAAAACUCGGAGAACCGCCAUGCAGUGAGUUCCCAGUACAGGAUGCAUUCUUACUAUCCGCCUCCCUCCUACCUGGGCCAGAGCGUGUCCCAGAUCUUCACUUUUGAGGACGGCCCCUCUUACUCGGAAGCCAAAGCCAGUGUAUUCUCGCCGCCCAGCAGUCAAGAUUCUGGCUUGGUUUCCCUCUCGAGCAGCUCUCCUAUUAGUAACGAGAGCACAAAGGGAGUGCUGGAAUGUGAGUCUGCGUCGGAGCCCAGCAACUUCACGGUCACUCCCGUCAUCGAGGAGGACGAGUAA